GUGCAACGAUACCUUUCGAUGCAUCGAAAACCGGUUUUAUGAGCGCCGACUCGAUUCACGAUACCAACUGUAACAUUUUCGAUUCGAUUCCCCACCCAAAAAAUAAACAUGGAAAAAAGUGAGAGUUUUAGUCUUUCCCUUCACGCUUUAUCACGUUACAUACGAUUGGCCAGUUAAAACUCGGUCAUCCAAUCAGUGGGCGCGUAAUGUUUUAUUUUCGGCAAACAAGUCAAAAUGGCUACCGACAGCAAUGUUGAACAAAUAAAAUUGAAAAAUCCCCCUAAAAAAUUAAAAUCAAAAGUUUGGGAACACUUUGGGUUUCGGGAAGGCCAGGAAACGGAUAAAGCUACAUGCAAAAUAUGCUUUACGGACGUGUCGUAUCCAAAGUCUGGCAGUACAUCUAAUCUCAUGCAGCACAUGAAACGAAAACACGAUGUGGACUUGUUUGGUAAGCAUGACAUGCCUAGUUCAGCAAAAAGGUCUGUUUGUAAUUUACCUGCUAAUCAGUUGAAAUUGACAGAAAUGAAAGGGAAAGUGACUGCAGAAAGGUCUCAGACAAUUUCUACAGCAAUAGCUGGGUAUUUGGCAUGUGAUAUGCGCCCAUACAGUACUGUUCAGAAUGAAGGCUUCCGGAACAUGAUUCAUGUUUUGGAACCAAGAUACAAACUUCCUAGCCGCACACAUUUCAGUGAAAAAGUCAUUCCUGCACUGUGGAAAAAGGUUGAAGAUAGGGUAAGGAAGCGGCUUCAAACUGCAGACUCCAUUGCCAUAACCACUGACUCAUGGACAUCUCGAGCCACAGAAAAUUAUGUAGCUGUAACUGCCCAUUUUAUUAAUAGCAACUGGCAGGUUGAAAAUUACACUCUUGAAACAAAAUUAUUUAGUGAUUCUCAUACAGCUGAAAAUUUGGCAAGUGGUCUACAUGACACAGUAACAUCCUGGCAACUUGAACGCAAUGGCAAAGGUCCUGCUAUAUCUACUGACAACGCAAGUAAUAUUGUUCGUGCUGUUAAGGACUCGGGUUUGAGUCCACAUGUUGGGUGUUUUGCCCACACGUUGAAUCUAGCAACACAACGUGGACUGAAAGUUUCACAAGUUGACAGACUUUUGGGUAGGGUGAGGCGUGUGGUAACAUUCUUUCAUAAAAGCACUUCUGCUACUAGUAUUUUGAAGGUAAUGCAGGAGAAACUUGAUCUCCCUAAUCACAAACUACUAAUGGAUGUUCCAACCAGGUGGAAUUCAAGUUUUGAUAUGUGUGAACGCUAUUUAGAGCAACAGGCAGCUGUAUAUGCUACAUUGCUUGAAGUGAAAAAGAGUGUCAAAGACAUAGUAACAUUAUCAGAAAGUGAUGUGCAGAACAUAGAGGAAGUGAUCAAAAUUUUAAAACCACUUAAAACUGUAACAACUCUUAUGUGUAGCCAGAAACAUCCUACUGUGUCACUGAUACACCCCCUAAAGGAAAUGCUGUUACGACAACUUGAGGUCUUGCCUUCUGACAACAUGUUGGUAUCAGACAUAAAAUCAGCAAUCAGCAAUGAUCUCAAGCCAAGGUAUACUGAUGAAAACAUUUUGGGGUUCCUUCUACAAGCUUCUGCCCUGGAUCCACGGUUUAAGAGUCUACCUUACUUGGAUGAUAGAUCUAGGUGUGCAGUAUAUGAUAAUAUACAAUCAGCAGCAGAAUUACUACAGAGUGACUCAAGCUGUCAGAAUGUGACUGUUAAAAGUGAACCUGAUGAGACACCCACAUCUAGCCAGGCUAGUGAGGCUACUACCAUUGAUGUACCAGUACUCCCUUCAUUAUCCACACUGGGGGAAGGAGAACCACCACUUAAAGUAAAGAAAGAAACUGAAGACUCUGAUUGUAAAUCAAAUAGUUGUGCACUGGCAGAUUUAUUUGGUGAUGUGUUUGUGACUAAGGUUGAGCCUGCUAAAUCAUCUGUUGACAGAGUUAGAGCAGAGCUUGUUUCUUACAAGGAGGAAGCUUGUCUUCCUUUGAACUCUGAUGUCAGUAAUCCUCUGUUAUGGUGGAAAGAAAAGGAAGAUAAAUAUCCUUUGCUUUCAAGAUAUGCAAAGCAACUACUAUGUGUUCCAGCUACCAGUGUUGCCAGUGAAAGAGUGUUCUCUACUGCUGGUGAUGUAGUAACAGCACAGAGGGCAUGCCUUACUGGUGACCAAGUUAACAUGCUUGUAUUUCUGAAGCAAAACAUUAUAAUCCCGGAUGACCUGUUAUAAACUUUAACUUGAUUAGGUGUUGCCUAAUAUAGUUUCACACAAUUAAGACAGUUGGUUGCUUAAAAGUGUAGUUUGAAUCAAACUUUUAUGUGACAUUUUAGUGUUACUAUCUGAGAACAGUAAUCAUUAAUUCAUAAUUUCAAGAACAUUUUAAUUUUUUGUAUGUUGAGUACUACAGUAAGUAGGCAUAUUUGAAA